CAUCUAGGUGCGUUCCCCACUCGGCGCUGCGCAGAGACUCUUCCAGGAACCGCCUGGCACCCUGGGCCGUGGACUUUGGCUGCUGUGCGUCCCGUCUGCUCCUCCUCUCCUACCCCCAGCAGGCGCAGAGCCUCACUCCGGGGCGUGUCCUGCCUACCUCCGGCUCACAGUGGUCCACUCUGCCGGCUCCAGCGGCGGCGGAGCGGCGGCUGCGGGAGCUGGAGCAGCGGUGGCGCGAGCCGCCCGGGAAGCAGCGGUGGCCGCGGCCAGCGCUCCGGGCCAGCACCUGUGCGGAGCAAGAGGAGCAGGGGUAGGGUGGGCGGCAGAGGCUCGGAGCCUCGGAAGGAGCGGGCACCUCCCAGCUGGGAUCCUGCUGUUCUUAUCACCCUCUUGCUGGUCCGCAGGGAGGUAGCACGGAGCUGGGGACCCUGGUGUGGGCAAACAUGUGCAGCAACAGCUAGAGGCCUCGGGACAGGUUACCGUGUGGUCCAAGAGUAGAGAGACGAGGCAAGCGAUCAUGGCAGCCUCCAGCAUGGACUUCGGGGAGGUGGAAACUUUUCUGGAUAGGCACCCAGAGUUGUUGGAAGAUUAUUUGAUGCGGAAAGGGAAGCAGGAGCUGGUGGACAAGUGGCUACAGAGGCACAGUCCGGGACAGGGGGCUUCGGGCCUGAAGCCUGCCCUGGCUGGCACUGGUAGCUUGGCUCAGAGUAGUGGCCAAGGCAGCACUGGGAUAGGUGUUAGUGCUGGACCCCAGGGCUCUGCCAACAGCCAUCCCACGCCCGGUGGUGGGGAAAGUGCUGGGGUUCCCCUGAGUCCCAGCUGGGCCAGUGGCAGCCGGGGCGAUGGGAGCCUGCAGCGGAAAGCUUCACAGAAAGAGCUGCGGAAGAGCUUUGCCCGCUCUAAAGCUAUCCAUGUGAACAGGACCUACGAUGAACAGGUGACCUCCCGGGCCCAGGAGCCCAUGAGCAGUGUCCGGCGGAGAGCCCUGCUCAGGAAGGCCAGCUCUCUGCCCCCUACCACAGCCCACAUCCUCAGUGCCCUGCUGGAAUCGAGAGUGAAUCUGCCUCAGUAUCCCCCUACGGCCAUCGACUACAAAUGCCACCUCAAAAAGCAUAACGAACGCCAGUUUUUCUUGGAACUGGUCAAGGACAUUUCCAAUGACCUUGACCUCACCAGCCUAAGCUACAAGAUCCUCAUCUUUGUCUGUCUCAUGGUGGACGCUGACCGUUGCUCUCUCUUCUUAGUGGAGGGGGCAGCUGCUGGCAAGAAGAGUUUGGUCUCCAAAUUUUUUGAUGUACAUGCGGGAACCCCACUGCUCCCCUGCAGCAGCACAGAGAACUCAAAUGAGGUGCAGGUCCCCUGGGGCAAAGGCAUCAUUGGCUAUGUCGGGGAACAUGGAGAAACAGUCAACAUUCCUGAUGCCUAUCAGGACCGAAGAUUCAAUGAUGAGAUCGACAAGCUCACUGGAUACAAGACAAAAUCACUAUUGUGCAUGCCCAUCCGGAGCAGCGAUGGUGAGAUUAUCGGUGUGGCCCAAGCAAUAAACAAGAUUCCUGAGGGUGCUCCAUUUUCGGAAGACGACGAAAAAGUUAUGCAGAUGUAUCUUCCAUUCUGUGGGAUCGCCAUCUCUAACGCUCAGCUCUUUGCUGCCUCGAGGAAAGAAUAUGAAAGGAGCAGGGCUUUGCUGGAGGUGGUCAAUGACCUCUUCGAAGAACAGACUGACCUGGAGAAGAUUGUCAAGAAAAUAAUGCAUCGGGCCCAAACUCUGUUGAAAUGUGAACGCUGUUCAGUUCUACUUCUAGAAGACAUCGAAUCGCCGGUGGUGAAGUUUACCAAAUCCUUUGAACUGAUGUCGCCGAAGUGCAGCGCUGAUGCGGAGAACAGUUUCAGAGAAAGCAUGGAGAAGUCAUCCUGCUCCGAGUGGUUGAUAAAUAACAGCGUCGCUGAGCUGGUUGCUUCGACAGGCCUUCCCGUGAAUGUCAGCGAUGCCUACCAGGACCCGCGCUUUGAUGCUGAGGCCGACCAGAUAUCUGGUUUUCACAUAAGAUCUGUUCUCUGUGUCCCUAUUUGGAACAGCAACCACCAAAUAAUUGGGGUCGCUCAAGUGCUGAACAGACUCGAUGGGAAACCUUUCGACGAUGCAGACCAGCGGCUUUUUGAGGCUUUUGUCAUCUUCUGUGGCCUUGGUAUCAACAACACAAUUAUGUACGAUCAAGUAAAGAAGUCCUGGGCCAAGCAGUCUGUGGCUCUUGAUGUGCUGUCAUACCACGCCACGUGUUCCAAGGCUGAAGUCGACAAGUUUAAGGCAGCCAACAUCCCUCUGGUGUCAGAACUGGCCAUUGACGACAUCCAUUUUGAUGACUUUUCCCUUGAUGUUGAUGCUAUGAUCACAGCUGCUCUCCGGAUGUUCAUGGAGCUGGGGAUGGUACAGAAAUUUAAAAUUGACUAUGAGACCCUGUGCAGGUGGCUUCUGACAGUGAGGAAGAACUAUCGAAUGGUUCUCUACCACAACUGGAGACACGCCUUCAACGUGUGCCAACUGAUGUUCGCCAUGCUCACUACUGCUGGGUUUCAAGAGAUUCUGACCGAGGUGGAGAUUUUAGCGGUGAUUGUGGGAUGCCUGUGUCAUGACCUCGACCACAGAGGAACCAACAACGCCUUCCAAGCUAAGAGUGACUCUGCACUGGCCCAGCUCUAUGGGACGUCAGCAACCUUAGAGCAUCACCACUUCAACCAUGCUGUGAUGAUCCUUCAGAGUGAGGGUCACAACAUCUUUGCUAAUUUGUCCUCCAAGGAAUACAGUGACCUCAUGCAGCUUCUGAAGCAGUCGAUACUAGCCACAGACCUCACGCUGUACUUUGAGAGGAGAACUGAAUUCUUCGAGCUUGUCAGUAAAGGAGACUACGAUUGGAACAUCAAAAGCCACCGUGACGUGUUUCGAUCGAUGUUAAUGACAGCCUGUGACCUUGGAGCCGUGACCAAACCGUGGGAGAUCUCCAGACAGGUGGCUGAACUUGUAACCAGCGAGUUCUUUGAACAAGGAGAUCGGGAGAGGUCCGAACUCAAACUCACUCCCUCGGCUAUCUUUGACCGGAACCGGAAAGAUGAACUGCCUCGGUUGCAACUGGAGUGGAUUGAUAGCAUCUGCAUGCCUUUGUAUCAGGCCUUGGUGAAGGUCAAUGCAAAGCUGAAGCCCAUGCUGGAUUCAGUGGCUGCCAACCGGAGGAAGUGGGAAGAGUUACACCAAAACAGCCUGCAGGUCUCUGCUGCCUCCCCGGUCCCUGCGAGUCUCAAGGUGGCAGGCGAGGACAGGAUGUAGAAGACCACCCAAGAGCCUCUGCGCAACCCUGUGGCCUGGAGGGUCCUCUGCAGUCUGACGGACCUGCUUCCGCAGCCACACCCAUCUUUCCUUUCAGCUCAGACAGUCCUGGUGUAGACUGCAUAGACUGGACCAGGAAGCGCACCUGGAAGUGUGCUUGGCAGCAGAGGAACGGAAGGAUGAGGGACAGAGUCGGGCAGAGAACAUGACCCUCGACUUUCCGUGAGGAACCCACACUACUGGAUUUGGAUCCAUGAACCUGAGGGCUACCAGCCCCACUCGUGCUGAGUUGAGGGGACACCGUGGUAAAAGCGUCACUAACACCGCUUUAUGUUUGGCUCUUUUCUGCUAAAGCACCUCCCUUCUUUGCAGCCUCUCCUAGAGCAGACCUUUGUGCCAGACAGUCCCAAGAGUCCAGAUUUGCCUCUUAGGUGUUUUAUUUCUAAUCCGACUGUUUCUUAGUGAUGCGCUAGGCCAUUGGUCUCAUUUGCCUUUUGGGUGAGCCCCCCUCCAUAUGAGCACCAACUGACCCCAAUCUUCCCAAAGAGUCCACAGUAGGAACGCAGUGGGUGUGUUUGUUGGAUUGGUGUUACACAGGAUCUGUAACUCUGCAGUGAGAUUAUGGUUCGCUUCUUCAGUUUUGGAAUUCGGCCCUCAUUGUAGACCAAGCCUCAGAGGAUGGAUUAAUAAUUUUAUUAAAGCCAAGGCAAAGGGGAUCUACAACCAUAUGUAGCACAAGUAACGUAUGAACACUGGAGCUGCUUCCAACAGAGAGAGAGAUUCCCCAGGCCCAGAGGAGCCCUGCGACUGAGCACAGACUAGCUUGAGGUGAAAAAGUUUGGGAAUAAAAUUUAAGGUACCUCAAUUUAAAAUUUUUCCUUAAGUGAAAAAAAAGAAUAUUCUAGAAAGGCCAUGAGAUAACAUCUAUACAACCUGCGUCCUCUAGGAAGUCAGGUCUAUACCAGGUGAAAAAGCUAUUUUAAGUAGAUGUGGUGACUAGAAAGCUGCUCUGAGGCCCAUUUCACUAGAGGCACUAGGGACAGGGUCUGUCUUAACAAAAAACACUGGAUGAGCGGUCCUUCGCUUUGCAUCAUGAGCUGGGUGACUUUGGACAGGUCACUACAUCUCUCUGCUUCCCACAUUGUCAAGUGAAAUUACACUAGGAACUUAUCUACAGAAAUCUUAACAUUAAAAUCCGUUGUCCAAACAAACUUUCCAGAGCCCACAGGUCUUGAGGGUCCAGAGCCCCUACAAAUCGUCGUCUCUUUGUUCACGUACAUGGUGCUCCAGAGAGGGAUGCUGAGCACUCUGAAAAUCCCCGGGGAUGUGAAACUUGAGAGUCAGCCCAGCUCUAAACUCUCAAACUCAAAACAUUUUUUGCUUACUUUCACUGAUCACUCCCAGUUAUUAACUUUACUCACAUCCAAAAGAAAUGGUGGUCAGAUGUUUGAAGAUGGGGGGAUACAAUGAAGGUACCAAAACGGGAGUGGAGUGAGCUGGCAAGAAGGCAGGCAGCUUUGUUACGGCAAGAAACACAAUAAAAUAUAAACCAGGCAAAGGGUGGGGCCAGAAGAUGGGGACUAAGGCAGAUGGUUAAGACAACUGCUAAGGACAGGUGAAAGUCAUCCAAACAAAGACAAAAGGCACUUACAUUCCCCCCUCCCCCAAAAAAUGAGGGUGCAGAAUCAUGUCAUCAAUUGAGCAGGAAAGAGAGGCAAUUACACAGGGAGAAGCUUGACAAAGGAGAGAAGGAACGGGCACGCUAAGAAAUAACGUUGCUAGCUGCCCUUUACGCUGUGUCUGCAGGGAAGGCUGGGGAGACUUGGUGGGGAACGAGUGCAGAAAAAAAUGGCCUCCGCAGAGUAGGUAAAAGGAGGCUGUGCAGAUUUAUGGAUUUUAUUAAGCCAGUUUUCUGAAUCACUCCGCUAUAAAGGAAAAUAGCUUCUGCAGAGCUGUCUCCCUCCUUCAGGUGAGGAACAAAGGAUGGGUGGAGUUAGGAACAGACCCUGGUCUGCAAGAUCAUUGUGUGUCUGCAGCUCCGAAGCACCGCAGGUGCUUCUGGGUAGUGAACCGCACCAUCUCAUCCCGUUUAUAUCGCGGACGGGAAUCGAGAAUCAGUCCAUAUGAGGCUGCAGUGAGCCCACAUCUGUUACCCUUCCUAACAAUAAAUAAAUAACCGGAAAAGGGGAUGCCAGUCCAUCUAAAGCAAAAAAUUUCAAGCACGUGCUUUACGAUAAAACUGGACCCAGCGUCUUCCAGAGACGGCCGGCAGCAGUGAGACAGCCGCUCCCCUCCACCCUGAACGUUGAUGCUACAUAUUGCUGAGGGCAACAUAAUUUAUAGCACAAACCCCACGGCUUCCACUCAGGUUGAGUUUUCCUCUCAUCUUCUUGCCUUUUUAUUGGCUUCACUGCACGGUUGCCAAUAGCAACAUCCAUUGGUAGCAAAGGGAGUUCAACACCAUUGCAAUCUGCCAGGCAGUGGAGCCCUGACAAUGUCAACCAUCAAUCAAGUAGCUGGUUGUAAUUGCCUCCAUCUAUUUCUCCUGUCUCAAGGUAUCUUUCCUAUUGUGGGUCAAGAUUCAGAAACUGCUGACUAAUGCCCUGGGUCUGUUCCUCCAUGACUAUGGAGAAGUGGGAGAGACGUGGGAGCCCUCUUGAUGCCAAACCCUAGAGGUCAGAGGUUGGAAUUCUAGGACUUGAAGGUAUUUUUAAAGCCCUUGUACAAUGAUUUCUUUCCCAAUGAACAUGAGUUACGUGCGAUCCUCGUCUACCUUUCCAAAGCACAGAAUGAGGAAACUUCCCAAUCCUUAUUUUUUCCUGUUUCUUGCUGGAGAAAGCAUUUGAAAUGUGAGCCCCCUUCAAAGGGGGAAAAAAAAACUCAACAGACAAAAUUGUCUGCUUCCUCGGGUCUCUCGGCAUGAACAGCUGAGAUGACUACAUCCUACUUUUGUAUAAGAUGUAUUUUUUCAGAAGUUAUAUCUAUUCAUAUUAGUAAGUAUGUAGCUAAUAUCUGCACAAUCUAUAACACAGCUGGUGAUCCUGGUAGGUGAGGAAGCUUGGCAAACCACCAAGGGUACCUACAGGUACACAGGGUACACAGCAGAACAGGACUCCGUCCUAAAUGGCCGCCAAUGGGCCUACCAUCUUGGGACUCUGCAGCACUUCAGGUUUCUACCUGUUAAAUAAAAGCCCCAACUUUUAUUCAGUUUCUGCACCAAAGGACCAAGCUAUGCUUUGCUUUUGAAACUUCAUCCAGGUAAUUUUCUUCUUUCUGCUGCUCAAAUAAAAUAGAAGCAAACUGGAGAGAGUGGUCAUCUCCCUGAAGACAGAGUAAACGUUUGCAUACAGAGGGAGGAGACACAAAAACACCCUUCCUACAAAGUGUCUGAGCCGGCUUCUGAUGAACGUGAAUGAAACAGUCAUCAACACCUGCCUGUAAGUGUGUAUUCUCUUAUUUCAUAAACAACAGCUUUAGAUUAUCUCAUCAUUGAGUCCCAUAUGGGAAUCAUUAGUUUAGAAGUGAAUUUAUAAAGAUACCCAGCAAAAGUAAAAAUGGUACAUGUCUGGUUCUAAAACUUGAGGGCCUACAUGCUUCCAGAUACUUUAGGCUUGCAAAUAUCUUGGAUUUAAAAUGAUCUUAGCAUUUUUUAUUAGUGCGGUAACAAUAGUAUGUUUCUGGAAUUCAGUUGCCUUUUCUGUAUAUCAAAAUUUAGCAUACUUUAAUGACUUAAGUCAUUUAGACUGAUUUUACUCAAUUUACUUUGCAGUACCAUUAUUUUUAAGCCCAUUUCUCUUACUGACCCUUGUGAGUCACAGAAAGACCAAAAAAACUUCGGUGGUAACCUCCAGUAAUAAAAACAAUUCCUCUCAAGUGCAGCAGAAAUCUCAACCUGUUUGGAUAAAAUUCAAACAUAAAGAAAAAUGUGUUGCCGUAAGGGGAAGGACAAAAGAUUCAUUAAAGCAGCUGAAUGUACCCGAAUUUGGGACCCUGAAAGCUUUGCCAUGCCUCCCUUAGUGACUUCCUGCUCUGUUUCACAGUAACAGUCUGAAAUUGUUACUCCACCAUGUAGUGUCAAGAGCUCCCAAAUCCCAAAUGCACUAAGAACUUAAAGGUUAAGUCUGGCUACUAGAAGGCCAAGGUGUCACAUGCUUCCUAAGUCAGCAGUUCUCAACCUGUGGGUCACAACCCCAUUGGAGAUCAAACAUCAGGUAUCCUGUGUCGUAUCAGAUAUUUACAUUAUGAUUCUUAACAGAAGCAAAAUUACAGUAAUGAAAUAGCAAUGAAAAUAAUUUUGUGGUGGUGGGGGGUGUCACCACAACAUGAGGAACUGUAUUAAAGGGUCACAGCAUUAGGAAGGCUGAGAACCCUUGUCCUAAGUGAACAGUGAUAGAACAUGGAUGGCAGAAAUAAAACAAGGUGUGUCUGGAGAAUUCCAUGAAGGGCAUUAGGUUCGGCAGUGCCCAGUGUUGUGUUCAUGUGAUUUUAGGUUGUACAUACUUUGAUCUUGAAUGUCCUUGUGUGUUUGUGUAUCUCAGCAGCACUAAAGGCAAAUGUUCAUCUAUGUAUCAAUCUGGACCAACCAAUGUUAUUGAACGUGUACACGGGUGCAGAAAUGUUUGUUUAGCAAAUGAACUACCUGCUGUGAGGAAAAGGCGUCUUCUUUGAGGCUGUCAUUUGCCUGUGUUCGUUUCUGUGGAGAUGUGUGUUAGUGUGCUCAGUUUCCUUUGGCUUCAGUACAGAUUUAGAUUAAAUCAUAGAGAAAUUUUAAAGCAUAGCACAGUAUGGAGAGAGAAGUCCAGUUUACUGAGUCCCAUCCCCUUGGAGGGCUGUUGCUUUUGCCAUUUUAUUUUUAUUUAUAAUGAUCUCAAGAGAUUCCCCUACUGACUUGUUUCCUAAUGAUUGUUGUUUUACACAAAAGAAGGGAAAUACGUUUGUUGUCAGGGGGCUUGCGUGAAGCCCCUUUCUUUGCGUGGUUCCCAGGCUAAUGCUGUAUUGUAAGAACACUUGGUUAAAUGCUGCUUGGCCAUUUCAGAAGCAACUACCCAUGGCUUUGAAACAGGCUGCUUUAAGAAAAUGAAAACGUCUUGUUUUUAAUAAAGUGCUUCAUGUUUAACUAACA